GAACGAGUCUGGGCGCUGGCGGCUAUGGGAGAGGGAGGGGGACGGGACGCCUAUCGUCAUUGCCAGUUGUGGAGAAGGGGACAAGAUGCCUGAGUCAUUGCCAGCCCCAACCAUGCCUGCCCCGAGGGGGGACGUGACCGCCCUCUUCCUCGGUCCCCCGCGUUCGGGGAAGUCGGAGCUCAUCGCCGCCCUCAGGGAGGCUCCAGAGGCCUGGCACGAAGACGCCCGCGUCCCCGCCCUCUACCCCGCGGGCCCGGGCCUCUUCCUGGGCGAGCUGAGCUGCCCGCCGGCGCCCCCCGAGCCCUGGGCAGCCGAGGCCGAUGUGCUGGUGCUGGUGUGGGGGCCCCGCGGCGAGAACGGAGACGAGGGAGAGGACGGGGCCCUGCCCGAAGGGCUGGGGGCAGCCGGGCGAGCAGCCCUGGCCCGGGGGGCGCCCCUGCUAGCCGUGUGGAGCCGGGGCCCCAGGAACGGGAACGCCGGCAGCCCGGAGCAGCCUGAAGACCUGGAGCAGGAACGGGAGAAGGCGGCGGCUCAGCUGGCGGCUGCCGGGCUGGGGGCGGCCCCGCUUUACGUGCUUAGCCGGCCUGGGCCCCGAGGCGCCGACCUGACCAGACUUCGGGAGGCGCUACGCGACCGGGGGGCGGCGCUGGAGAGGCUGCUGCCUCCUGCCCAGGAAGGCUUCGAGGUCGUAGGAGGGGCCGAGCUGGAGGCGGUGCGCGAGGCCUUCGAGGCGGGCGGCCUGGAGGCCGCCAUGACCUGGCUGCGCUCGGGCCUCGAGCGUCUGGGCAGCGCCCGCGUGGACCUGGGCGUGGCCGGGCCAGAAGCCCCCACGGUCAUAGGCGCCCUUCUUGGGCAGGACCCCGAGCCCACUGCCUCCUGCCCGGGGCCGGCCCCCCGUCCUGCCCCCGAGAGGCCCAAUGUGGUCCUCUGGGCGCUGCCCGCCGACGCCGCCCCCGGCCCGGACCCGGGGCCGGCCCGUUACGACGCCCUGGUGCUGGUGGUUCCGGGCCCGGCCGCGCGUGGCCCGAGGAGGGCAUGGCGGGCCCGUCGGCCCCUCUUCUUCGUGGAGGACGGCGGGCAGGACCCCGAGCGGAAGAGGCGUAAGGAACCUGGCGGAGGGGACGGGGAGGCGGGGGGACUGCGGGAAGGCCGGGCAGCCCAACAAGGCGUCGGCGGCCGGACGGAGGAGGGCUGGGAAGUGCUGGGCGCCGAGGAGGCCGAGGAGGCCCCGCCGCCGGUCUUCCCCCUGCGGCCGGGGGGCCUGCCGGGCCUGACGGCGGCGCUGCGCAGGGCCUGCCCCGCCUCAGAGGGCGCUUUGCUGGCGCUGCCCCGCCUCGGCCAGGCUGGCGCCAAGGCGGAGCGCUUGCAGGCGGGCGUGCUGUGGCGUGCUGGCCAGCUGGCGGCCGCUCCUCCCGGCCCAGGCUGGGCCCCGUGCGGCGUGCGCUUGACGGGCAGCCCAGCUGGCCUACGUGCGGCGCUGGGGCUCGGCGGCCCUGUGGCGCGGGAGCUCGCCCUGAGCCUGGAGCCGGGGCUGGUAGGGCGCGAGCUUUCGCGCCUGGCCCUGAGCUGAGGCGGCCCGGGGCGGCUGGGCGCUCGCUGGCCAGCGAGGGACCCUGGCGAGCCCGGCAAGCUCUCCUUCCUGUGGGGCCCGGCUGGGCGCGGCCACGGAGGCCUGGCUACUGCGCCCGACGGCGUGCUCCUGGCGGCCCUGGACGAGCUGCAGGCCGACGCCGAGGCCGUGCUGGGCCCGGGCCCCGACCCCGAAUGAAGCCUGCCCGCCUUUGCUGGGCCAGAAAUCCGGGGGCGGGGGGCUGCUGCCGGAGAAGGACGCGGGCACGGUCCCGGGGCUGACGGGACACGGGCUGGGCCAUCUGGGAGUGGGAGGGAGCGGGGUUCCGAGUGCCUGCCGUCCCCUAGGGCCCGAAGGGGAGGUGGGACUGGGGGAAACGAGGCUGCCCGGGCCCUGGGAUGGGGGGACAGCGUUGAGACAGCCGGGGGAGGGGGGAAGCAGGCAGGCUGCCGGGGCUGCUCCCAUCUGCGGACUGCCGCUCCCUCAUUUGCUCUCCUUAGGUCUGCAGUGUGUUGUAGCGCGAAUCCGGCAGGUGGAAAGAGCUGAGGACCAGAAGUUGCCUUUUUUUUACGCCUUUAUCCUCUUUCACUCCUCCUUCCCCCACCCCCUCAGUAGCGAGUUCUACCAGGGUGGCUCCCUUAAGAUUGUGUCUCCACCGGAAAGGGGAAGAAACGGGCAACAUCUCCAAUGAUGGCGACCUUGAGAAGCCAUCGGGCCCCACAAAUACCCCGGCCACUAAGAUCCCCAGCUUCAGGCUUUUAAAAGUAGAUUGUCAAGAGUCGGGAAGAACCGGAGAGACCAACUACCCGGGUCUAUUCAUCAUCUUGCCGCGGGAGAGCUCAUUCCCGACGGCGCCGGUCCAUGGGGAUCUUGGAGAGCAGGCGGUCUAGACCAGGAGUUUUUAAUAAAUAUUUUGGUAACA